AUGCCACGCCGUCCCCCCAGGGGGGAGGAGGCGGAGUCCGGAUCAGCCCGACGCUCGGGCAGGACCUCGAGCCGCCGCACCCCCUACCCUCCCCCUUCAUCUGCUAAGAAAAACCCGGUCACUAGCGACCAGGCAGUCACCGGCGACACACAUACUGACCCCCGGGGUAAAAAACGUGCCCUGGAAGAGGCAGGAACACAACCACACCCACCUGCGCAUGUCGAGGAACGAGAGGGGGCACACCCACGCUCUAAGACGCGCCACAAUCCUCCUGUCCCCCCACAGCCCCCCUCUUCAGGAUGCGUCAACAGUGCAGCCCAGCAGGACGCGGAGCCGCUUUCCACCGCACCCACCCGCACCCAUACCCGAAAGGCCAAGUCGCACAAAAAAACACAAGCACCGGACCCAAACCUGGGGAACACAGCUGGCCCCACCCCCACUGGGGGGCUGAAAGGGGGAGCAAAGCAUGCCCCACCCGUGGCCAAGAGAGGAGAGGAGGGGAAAGGGAAAGCCAGGGCUCUGGACCUGGACGUGCAUGAGGGUAAUGCCGAGCGUGAGACCGAGGCGGGCGGGACUGCUGCAGGAAAUGGGGCGAGGGAUGCGGGAGCUACAGCUAGGGACGCCGGGAGGACAGCAAGGGUUACGGUGGGGACAGCAGAGGACACAGUAAGGACAGCAGAGGCUGCUGAAAGAGGCACGCUAGAGGGGGUGAUUUUAGCCACGGAAAGGGCAGAUGCCAUAGCCAUGGAGACGGAUUUCGCAGGAGAUGGGGCAGCAGGACCCACAGCUGAGUUGGCUGUGGGAAGCGCAGCAGGUGAGGCUGCAGGGACCAUAGCAGGUGAGGGUGCACAGACCGCAGCAGAUGAGGCUGCACAGAUCACAUCAGGGGGGGCUGCAGAGGCCCCAGCAGGUGGGUCUACACAGACCGCAGCAGGUGAGGCUGCACAGACCGUAGCAGGUGAGGCUGCACAGACCGCAGCAGGUGAGGCUGCACAGACCGCAGCAGGUGAGGCUGCACAGACCGCAGCAGGUGAGGCUGCACAGACCGUAGCAGGUGAGGCUGCAGAGACCACAGCUAGAGAGGCUGCACAGAUCACAUCAGGUGGGGCUGCGGAGGCCGCAGCAGGUGAGGCUGCACAGCUCGCAUCAGGUGGGGCUGCAGAGACCGCAGCAGGUGAGGCCGUAGGGGCCGCAGCAGGUGAGGCUGCAGGGACCACAGAAGGUGAGGCUGCAGAGACCGCAGCGGGCGAGGUUGCAGGGAACGUAGCAUGUGAGGCUGUAGGGACCACAGCAGGCGUGGCUGCAGGGAUCGCAGCAGGUGGGGCUGCAGGGACCGCAGUAGGUGAGGCUGCAGGGACCGCAGCAGGUGGGGAUGCAGGGACCGCAGAAGGUGAGGCCGUAGGGGCCGCAUCAGGUGGGGCUGCAGGGACUGCAGAAGGUGAGGUCGUAGGGGCCGCAUCAGGUGGGGCUGCAGAGACCACAGAAGGUGAGGCGGCAGAGACCGCAGCGGGCGAGGUUGCAGGGAACGCAGCAUGUGAGGCUGCAGGGACCGCAGCGGGUGAGGCUCCAAGGGCCGCAGCAGGUGGGGAUGCAGGGAUCGCAGCAGGUGGGGCUGCAGGGACCACAGCAGGUGAGGCUGCAGGGACUGCAGCAGGUGGUGCGGCAGGAACCGCAGCAGGAGCGACAGGGGCCACAGUUGGGGCUGGUAUAGGGGAGAGGACUAUGGGGGCUGCAGCGGGGGAGAGUGUAGCGGGGUCUGGGGCAAGGGAGAGUACAGUGCCGGCUGUAGUAGGGAAGGACGCAGCAAGUGCUGCUGUGGGAGAGAGGACAGCAGAGGCCACAAAGACAGAAGGUGGGGCUGCAGCUGCAGCAGCUGCGGCCUUAGCACGCCCACUGGGGGCGGCAAGGACCGCAGCAAACACGGUAGAGGCCACAGCAGGGCCUGCAGAGGCUGUAUCUGGCAGUAAAGAGCCAGCAGGGAGAGCGGGCUCAGGGGACAUAGGGGCAACAGGGGUAAGAGGGGCGGGUGGGGUCCCAACCAGGGAGGUUCGUGAAGGAGGGGAAGUGAUAGUGAUGGAAGAGGAUGUGGUAGAGGACGGGAUGCACAUCGACGGGCCACUGGCCCAAUACCUCACACCUGACGGUGAGGCCGACCCAGGCCCCCUGCAGCCUCAUGUCGAGGUUCCCCCUUUCCCCCCCAUGCCCGACCCCAUGCUGGCAGAUGGACCAAUGGAGGGGCUGGAGGAGACUUUGAGGACAGAGCCUCUCGGGGGCGCUCCCAUCCUUACCCCUCAUCCUCCAGCCCACCCCCCCCCAGGAGCACCACAUCCCCGCCCCCACCCUCAGGGGCUCCCUGUAGCGUCCAGGGGGGCAGCCAAGGCCCUGGCCUUUUUAGCAGAGCCGUGCUCCCCGACCCCUACGCAGUGUUUUGGCCAGCCCCCCCCUCUUCCCACAAUGCCUGACACCACGCUUGCAGACGGUCCGCCAGGAGAGCACGCGGGCACGGCAAGGGCAGAGCCUCCCACACCCAGCCCCAUCCUUGCCUCUCAACCCUCCCCCACCCUUUCCUCUCCCCUAAGAGCAGCACACUCCCGCCCCCACCCUCAGGGGCUCCCUCUAGCAUCACGGGGAGCAGCCAGGGCCCUGGCCUUCUUGGCGGAGCCGUGCUCCCCGACCCCUAACACCAUCCAGUCACCCCCCACCAGCCCACUACCCCCACCCCCUCCAGGUCCUCCCCCACCCGGGGCUAUGCACAUUUCAGAGGUUCAAACCUCAACCCUGCCACACCCGCCUCCAUCCCCGCAUCGCCCCACAACCUACACACACCCAAAUCACCCAACUCGCCGCACAACCCCAACCCUCCCACCCUCCUCACACCACCCCCCCCAAGCAUCCAAGACCCACCCACGAGGGCCCCUGCCCCUAGCUCAGGGAGGCGAUGACACCAUGGGCGCGGGGCCCACAGGAGGGGCCGCCAGUGGGAGGGGCUCUGGUGCCAACUUACAGCAUGGGGGCACAACCUCUGAACUUCAUUCCCCCCUCAACCCCCCCCCUUCCACCACGCAGCCACCACAGACCUCACUCCCUCCACCACAAGCACCACGCCCUAACCGCUACAUCGCUCCAGCCCUUCGCCCCCCACCCACAACCCCCGCCUACAGCCUGCCUCACCACGAGUGGCCCCGUUGGGCAGACAUCGCCCCCCACACACAGCCCACCACGGAGGCCGGGGACAACCAAAACCAGGUUAGCCGUCGACGGAAGAAGAAAGGCAAAGGCGGCAAGGGGCCAGCUCACCUACUCCCCCCUCCCUCCCUUCCCCUCCAGCCGCCCCUCCUCACCCCACAUCCCACUGAGCGUGCACCAGGCCCUACCCCUACAGGCCAACCACCAAACUCACACCCCCCUCUCGUACCUGCCCCUCCACAGGGCCAUGGGAGCGAUCCAGCCCACCCACCCCCGGGCCGCCUCUCUCUUCCAAUAAACUCCCCCCAGGUGGCGGCAGCCGGGAUGGAGGCCGACGGGAUGAGGGAUGCGCCCAUGGCAGACGCCACCGACUCCCCCUCCCAUGCCUCCCACCCCAUCCAUGUCGACGCCCCCCUACCGCAACCCAUGGUGAUAGGGGAGGGCCAAGGGGGUUUUCUAGGGCAGGGUCCACACCCGAGCUCUGCUCAGCCAGCACGCCCCACCCCACCCUCUACCCUGCCAGCCCUCCUACCCUCACCAGCAGGCAGGCAGGUCACCGGGACCCCAGAGGAGGUGAGGGCUGCCAUCUCAGAUUUGCUGGCGAUACAGAGCCCGAGCAGCUCCCCGGCUGCCCCCACCCUAUCAAUCCCACAGGUCCGGACCCGGACGUAUGCGGAGGUCACCCGUUCUGUCCCUUCUUUUAUCCCCCCCACUACUCAUCCAGGCCCGUCACUCCCGUCCCCGAUGGAGACAGACCUGGUUCCGAGGCCGUGUCGCUCGCACCUAGACGUGGUGGCGCCUCCCCCCGUUCAGCCCGUUGCCGACACACAACCCGUGGCGCAGGAGGGCACCGGCUUUAGGGAUGAGACAUCUGCCCCUGCCCAGACCCCCCCGCCUGGGGUAGCAGAGCCGCCACUUGGACCGCACCCCGCCGAGGGACAGGGGCACACCACGGCGCACACUUCAGGCUCACCUCCACGUCCCCCCUCCCUAGCUUCGGGACCGGUACCGCCACGAGGCCCGGCCCCAUCCUGUGGGGCACCACCUCUUUCUUCUCAGACACCCCCCAGGCAUGGGGCCGGUGAGUCCUCUCCUCCCCUUAUCCCAGGCGAUCCUCUUGCAGCUCAGGCCACCCAUGGGGCCCCCUCUACAGCCAGUUCCGACGCCACGGCCCCGAUCGACCCCACCGACACGGCGACAUCACCCGACCAGGUCGUGAGAUGCCCCACCUGCAGGAGCUCUCUCGCGAACCGACGUGCCCUUCAGCACCACACGCCCUUCUGCCAUCCUGCGGACGCGGCUCGUAGGGCACAGGCCCUCCACGACACCUCAUCUGUCCUCCCAUCCCUCUCGGAGCCACAAGGGACGAGGACGCAUUUCACAGAUGCACAGUGGCAAACGCUGGAAUCCUUCGAUUGGACGGAGUAUUUCUCGCCAGAGCGCACCCACGCCCGCCCUCUCCGACGCAUUCCUGCUAGGGUCCGCGGAGGAUAUCUUGACGUCCUCUGCACGAUCUUGGCCCGUGUAUCCCAGGAUCCCGAGGCUCCGGGCCCUACCUUCCUCCUCGCCGCUGCACCCACACUUCUCGUCACGCAGGCGACCCCGCCAGACCGCUCGCACACGACUGCCAUCGCAGCACGGGUCUCCCGCUUCAUGCGAGGUGAGUGGACAGAGCUACUCUCUGAGGCCCUGAUCCGUCGCACCCCCCUUCCUCGACGCACAUCCCGGCGCGCACGCCCCGUCGCCACCCAGUCCACCGCAGAUGAGCGUCGCAUUGCUCGUUGCCUCCGUCUGGCAGCGUGCAAUGAGACCUCACGGGCCUGCGCGGCUCUCGAGUCCGCGGAGGCCGCCCCAGAUACACAGGGGACGACACAGCGCCUGAAGUCGAAGCACCCCAACGCUGAGAGGCCGACCCUAGCUUGGCUGUCGGACUACCAGGGGACUGCUCUCGUACUCUCGACAGACCACCUACGUCGGGCCAUCUUCACAGCUCCGCGUGGCUCCUCGGGGGGACCGUCCGGCGUCCCGGAUCGUCUCGAGAAGAUGGGGCGGGUGCUACCUUGGCUUCCGAGGUUGCGCCAGCCCCAGACAGCUGCUCGCCUUCUUUCGGCAUGUGUCAGCACUCGCCCGCAGUACCUGUCGAGGACUGUCCCUCCCUCACCCGCAGUGCUCUCCAGCUUCGCACGCUGGGACGCACACGUGGGAGAGACUUUUCAGCAGCUUUUAGCGUCAGGGACAUGGGCAUGCCGCGAGGACGUCAAAGAUGCCGCCAGCGACCAGAUCUUCCUCCCCAUCGGCCUUGGGGGUUUCGGCAUUCGUCGCAUGGAGCGCAUUGCCCCGAGCUUUGCUUCCGGUGAGACGGAGCAGAUCGACCCAUCCCUACGGACGACGCUGGAGGGCCUUCCACCUGACAUCCUCUCUCUCCUCCCACCCUGGCCCUCUUGUGCCUCUGCUUCCCCCGAUUCCCUUUUUGCAGGAGCGAGCCGCCUUCUGGAGGCGCAUGCCUUGGAGGCCGGCGCUGAGGCGGGACUGCCGGGCGGCGGGGCACAGUGGGGACAGCAUCAGCUGCGGGGUCGGGUGGCGCGAGGGGCAGGUGGGCAGAGGGGACGGCAGGGGGUGCAGACCAGCCAGGGCGGAGAGGGAGGACAGCAGAGGCAGCAGCAGGAGAGCCCGCACAGGUCGCAGGCUCAGGGCACCGCGCCUCAGGGUGUGGGCUCGGGGGUGGGGCAGGGACGAGAGCAGCAGAGAGCGGACGGGGGUACAGGGGGGGCGGGGAGAUUGGGAGGGGAGGUUCAGGGAGUGAGAGAGGCUGCAGGGGAUCGAGCAGGGAGGUUGGGAGGUUUGGGGGAGGGUAGAGAGGGGGAGGGGAGAGGACAGGUGGGUGGAGGAGAGGAUAGGGGGAGAGAGACGACAGGAGAGGAGGCAUCGAGGGACCAGACAGGGCAGCAGCCAGCGCAGCAGCAGGGACCAGCCGGACGCACAGGCCGUACAGGCACCUCCUCCCGCAUCCCAGACCUCACCUGCCGCGACGUCGGGCAGACUUUGAUGGUUCUUGUGGAUGUCUCCAUAGCGGACCCACAGCGGGAGGGGAACGUGCAGCUGGGACGGGCGACCCCCACACAGAUUGGAGUGGCAGCAGCUAGGCGGGUGCAGGAGAAGCUGCGUCACUGGGGGCCGCACUUAGAGGGGUUGCAGCCGGCACCACACUUUUACGCGUGCGUGGCUGAGACCUUUGGCCUACUGAGCGAGCCGUUGCGUCAGUUCCUGGGGCUCUGCGCGAAGAGGAUAGCACAGCGGAGGAGGGAUUGGGGAGGAGGGGAUGACGGAUCAGCACGGAUAUUUGAGACAGGACUCACUACACGUCUCUCCGUGGCACUGCAGCGCGCGCAGGCUCGAUGCAUCUUACAGCAUGCGGUGCGGCAGUUGGGGGGAUCCGACGACGGAUGGAUGCCCACACCCGUCCCACUGGCUUCUCACGUCCCAUCCCCCAUCCCCCCUUCCCCCAUCCCCCCUUCCCCCAUCCCCCCUUCCCCCAUCCCCCCUUCCCCCAUCCCCCCUUCCCCCAUUCCCCCUUCCCCCAUUCCUCCUUCCCCCAUCCCCCCUUCCCCCAUUCCCCCUUCCCCCAUUCCCCCUUCCCCCAUUCCCCCUUCCCCCAUCCCCCCUUCCCCCAUCCCCCCUUCCCCCAUUCCCCCUUCCCCCAUCCCCCCUUCCCCCAUCCCCCCUUCCCCCAUCCCCCCUUCCCCCAUUCCCGCUUCCCCCAUUCCCCCUUCCCCCAUUCCCCCUUCCCCCAUUCCCGCUUCCCCCAUUCCCCCUUCCCCCAUUCCCCCUUCCCCCAUCCCCCCUUCCCCCAUUCCCCCUUCCCCCAUUCCCUCUUCCCCCAUUCCCCCUCCCCUCCCCUCUUCCAGGUGCACCCGCUGCUCACCCUACUCCUCGACUCCCCUCUGCAGCGUGCCCUCUCUUCGUGUCAUAGCUUUCCGCUCCCUUCCUGCUUCCCCACCCCCACCUUCCCUCCCCCCAGGUGCACCCGCUGCUCACCCUACUCCUCGACUCCCCUCUGCAGCGUGCCCUCUCUUCGUGCAUCCGCUGCUCUCUCUCCUCCUCAACUCCCUCUGCAGCGUGCCAUCUCUACCAGCUGAGUUUGAGACCUUCUCUCAUGCCUCAUCCCCCUUUCCCCCUUCUCCCCUUCCCCUCUCCCUGCCCUUCCCCCUUCCCCCCAGGUGCAUCCGCUGCUCUCUCUCCUCCUCAACUCCCUCUGCAGCGUGCCAUCUCUACCAGCUGAGUUUGAGACCUUCUCUCAUGCCUCAUCCCCCUUUCCCCCUUCUCCCCUUCCCCUCUCCCUGCCCUUCCCCCUUCCCCCAGGUGCAUCCGCUGCUCUCUCUCCUCCUCAACUCCCUCUGCAGCGUGCCAUCUCUACCAGCUGAGUUUGAGGGUCGCACCAAGGUGCACCCGCUGCUCUCCCUGCUCCUCAACUCCCUCUGCAGCGUCCCGUCCUUACCAACAGAGUUUGAGACCUUCUCUCAUGUCUCCUCCCCUUUUCCCCCUUCUCCCCUUCCCCUCUCCCUGCCCUUCCCCCUUCCCCCAGGUGCAUCCGCUGCUCUCCCUGCUUCUCAACUCCCUCUGCAGCGUGCCAUCUUUACCAACCGAUUUUGA